AUGAAGAGACAGAGAGAGCACAGUGACCACUAUCGUUCCCUUCUCUCUCAGUAUCCUCGUGAAGAAGUUGAGCCUGCCCUAAACUAUUCCAAGAAACUGAAAGCCUGGUUUCAAUAUGACCAGCCUGAAGAAAAAAUCCGCAGCCUUGGCAGGAUCUUGGAAAAGUUCAUGGAUACAGCGGCUGCACAUGAUGGUUUGGUAGGGGGGCUGACUGUCGUGCUUGAAAAUUUUUCAGCAAGAGUGAAGGAAAUUCUUGGAGGUAAUCAUGACUUGAUUGGUGGGCUGAACUCCUUUUUGCGGCCUGAGUUUCAAAUCAGCCUUGACGUUGAGGAGAAGAAGGAAACUGAGCCAGCCAUGGAGAGCAAGACAGUUGGAGACGGAGAGCGUAUGGAUUUCGUGAAAAAGAUUGAUGGCAAGUGUGGUAAGGAUGUUUGUGGAGCAUUGUUGAAGAAUUUCCGUUUGCGUAAGGAAGGAUCUAUGAGUUUGGCUGAUGUCUGCGAUUUUAGUCAUAGGGUAACAGAAGGCCAUCCUGAUUUGCUACUAGACUUUCUUUACUCUAUGCCAAUUACUGAAGCAACAUCAUUGGCCUAUUAUCUUCCUGGUUUGGAAUCUUCAGAACUCAGAAACUGUAGGGUUGAUGAGCUACAGAAAGAGAGUUCUGAAAGUUUUGAAGUUUGCGGAAGGAACAGGGAAUCACAAUUUGUGAAGGCAGGUGGAUCUCAAGUGAAAGGCGGUAGCCACGAUAACGAGGAGGAGAAGGAAACUGAGACAACCACAGAGAGUAAGACAUUCCGACAGGGUGUGGAUUUUAUAAACAAGCUGAAGAUCAAGUGUGGUGAGGAUGGUUUGGAAAAAUUCUUGAAGAUUUUCAAAUUGCUUAAGAAAGGGUCGACUAGGACUUCGGUUGAUGUUUUUGAUUCUGGUCUUAAGCUAACCGAAGGCCAUGGUGACUUGCAAAAGGACUUCAUUAAAUUUAUGCCAGUUUCUGAAUUAGAAAAACCACUGACUUACCAACUUUCAGAUUUGCUAUCUACAGACCUCACCAACACCAGGGCCACUGAUGUACCGCAGAAAAAGAAUCAGAAUGAUAAGGAAGCAAAACUUAUCAUGGGAGAUGAAGCUGAAGUGAAAGCCAGUGACAGCGAGGCGGAAAAAAUUAGAGAAGGAAUUGGAUUCUUCGAGAAAGUUAAGAAGAGGCUACCUUGUGAAAUGAGUCACAAGACAUUCUUGAAGCUUUUCUUUUAUUACAGCAAGGGAAAAAUUGGAAAGGGAGAAUUGGUAAAAAUGGUUGCCAAUUUGAUAGGAAACUAUCCUGAUUUGAUGAGUGAUUUUUAUAAUUUCUGGAGGAAUUGUGAGAGUGUUAAUGUGCUUGAAGUAAGGGGAUGUAAGGCAAGGGACAGGAGGAGGCAGAAGCAAUCAAGGGAAGAACUUGAUUUCUCUAGCUGUAAAAGGAGCCCUCCAAGGCAGAGGCUUCCAAAUCAUCAUGAAAGGAACGUGUUCAAAUGCGAAGAUGAACACUAUGAGCUGGACAUGUUAGUGGAAUGGUUCAAUUCAGCUGUUAUAUAUGCUGAGGAAAUGGGAGGAGGCACAGUAAAAAAUGAAGAGAACAAUAUGAGUGGAAGAAUCUUUCUGAGGUGUAUCGAACGUUUAUAUGGUGAUCAAGGUCUGGAGAUUCUGGACAUAUUCGAUAAAGAUCCUCAACGUGCACUGCCUGUCUUGAGAUUGCGCUUGCAGAAGAAACUAGAGGAGCUGAUUCGAUAUCGUCAAGAGUUUUGA